AUGAAAAUAGUGAAAAAAGUAAUUGGUUUUUCUUUCCCUGAAUCUCUUAGUGAUUUCUUCUGUUUACAAAAGCUUAAUCUUAAGCUUCCUGAAUUGAUCAACCAAUAUUCCGAGGAACGAACAACUUUAAUUUUCACUUGUACAAGAAAAGAUUGUCAAACAACUGCUGAAUUCUUGUCUCAAAACUGUCCAUUCAACUACAAGCCAUUUCAAAGGGAUAAGUUUGCCAUACUUUCACAAUCUAUUGAUAACAAUAGAUUGAAAGCUACUCUACUCAAAGGAAUCGGUUUCUAUCAUGCAGGCCUUUCUCCAGAUGAUCGACAAAAACUUGAAAUAGCUUUUUUAAAUGGAGAAAUUCGUAUUGUAGUUGCAACAAGUGCUCUUGCCUCGAGUGAAGACCUUUCUGCUCACCUGGUCAUCAUCAAAGGAACUAAUUAUUUUAUCAAUGGAAGCUCUGUUGAAUAUGAAGAGUCUACUGUAUUGCAGAUGUUGGACAUAGCGGGUAAAUCAGAGCUUGAUGACUGUGGAUGUGCCAUCAUUUUAACUAGAAAAGAAAACGAGACAAAAUAUAAAAGACUAGUCGCAGGUGAAAAGAUGAUUGAAAGUAACAUCUAUAAUUUUUUUUCAGAAAUUUUUAUGACUGAAAUCGAAAGGAAUGCGAUUUGUUGUUUGAAUGAUGCUGUUGAUUGGGUUCGGUCAACUUUUUUUUAUAUACGAAUUCACAAAAAUAAGCAAUAUUAUGGUUUGGAUCCAAACUGCACAGAGGAGCAAGUAGACCAAAAAUUAAAAGAGAUCUGCAUUAAAGAGCUGAAUAGCUUUAAAAAGUACGAGUUGAUUGAAGUAAAUGCCGAUGGAACUAUUCAAGCUACAAAUAUUGGCCGACUGAUGGCUGAUCAUUCGAUAUCAACUCAAGCAAUGCAACAAUUUUUGAAACUUAAAGGGAAUGAAAACUUAUACGAUUUACUUACCGUUCUAACCAAAUGCAAAGAUCUCAACCAAUCCGUCAUCUUAAAGACUGCAGAUGAAAGAGUUUUAAGUAAAUUCAACACUUUUUCAAACUAUAAUCGUGUGAUACGCUUUCCAUUAUCAGGUCCGAUAAAAAGCAAUGAAAUGAAAAUUAACGUGCUCAUUCAAGUAGUUCUUGGUUGUAUUCCACUUCCCGAAGAUUUCCCUCUGCUACAAAAAAUUGACGAAAUGAUUAAUAUUUGUCAAAUACUCAGCAACUGUUUGAUGGACAUUGCUUUCAUCAAAGCUACAAAUCUGCCCUUCUUAUUAAACUGCAUCAUUCUGGCUAAGUGUUCAAAAGUUGGACUUUGGGAAAACUCGAGGUAUGUUUGCAAUCAAAUUAACGGAGUCAACUCAAAAAUCGCUCGCAAACUAGCCAACGCUAAUUUUUGUUCGUUUGAGAAAAUUGAACACGCUGAUCCAAGACUGAUCGAGAACGUUUGUCAAUGUGAUAUUACCUUUGGUGAUCAUGUUAUUCAAGAAAUAAAAAGAAUCCCAAAAUACGAAGUUACUAUUGAAAAUACCCAGAUAACAUCAGUUGAUUACUCGCAAACAAUUAGGAUCAAAGUUAAUCUUACCAAUUGGGAGGUUAUUGCAAAUGACACUGAUAAACUGGGAAAACUUAGUUGUAUACUAUUAAUUGGUGAUCAAGACAAUGCAAUUUUAGUAAAAGAAAGGAUAUUUACUCAACAUUUAAUCAAGCUGACUGGAGUUUAUGAAAAAGAUUUCCCAAUUCCAGCCUCAGCAGCAUCCAUUUUCAUUCACUUUAUUGACGAGUUUUAUGUUGGAACUGAUAUUUCAUUGGAAUAUUUUCCGAAAUAUCUUUUAUCUCAUGAACAAAACAGCAUUCGGAAAAUUCAAGAAAUCAAACAAUUUGAUGACAUUUUCAAUGUAUCAUGCAAGCUGGAAUAA